AACGCGCUCAUUAUUUCAACGGCCGCCAUUUGCACGCGCCAUCUGGCACUUACUGUUCGUGGUCAAGUAUAUCACGUAUAUAUCGUGAAUUCAGAGUUUCCUCUCGUAGGAGACGAGAUUAUUAUCGUCGGCUUUACGUCGAAGUUGGCCGAGGUGCAACGGAUUUUGUACGGAACGCUGAGAGGGGAACAUAUAUACACACACGCAGUAGCAGCGAAGAGAGAAUGAGUGAGAGAGGGGAGUAAGAGAGAGAGAGAGAGAGACAGAGAGACAGAUAGAGAUUGAUUCUUUGCCGCGAGAUUGAUUGACGAACAUCUUGGCAAGUUUGAAGUUUGUAAUUAAACUUGCAGAAAAAUAAAUUUUGUUUAGUCUUAUUUUCUAUAUACAUUUGUAUAGUAAUCCACAUAAAAGUAUACAGAUUUAAUAUACAACUAAUACUGUUCUCAAAAUGAAACAUUUACCGUAGUAUUAAUGAUUUUACUGGAAUUUGAUUGUUUCAAAGUUGCAACAUGUGUUCAAAGGAGAAAGCAAUUAUAUAGUAAGAAUUAUGGAUAGAAACGCUGUAAUCAACACUAGAUUCUUUGAUGAUUAAAGAUAUAUAAACUCAGAUAUAUACAGCUUGUGUAUAGAUAUACGGAGUGGUCUCGCACUGUGUAUUCACUUAGCGAUUCACUCAUGAAACUUUGUCAUCUCUUGAUCUUGAGAAAAGAAGUAGAAAAUAUUGGAUACACAAUUAUGAAUGUUGCUAUGUGUUAGAGAAAAAGUAUAAGUGAUCGUAAAAAAACAAGAAGAAAAGGAGAAGAUGCCGAAUCCUGAAGUCAACAAGCGUGAUCACAAUUACAGUGAAUCAAAACCUCAACAUGCCAACAAUGGCACCAAUGGUGCUAUUAGCAAGAUAUCCAAAACUUCUAUCAUGGGUCAGAUUCGAGAUAUUGAUGAGCUGAAAAAGAUUGCGCCGCGUGUUCGUCUACAGAAUACUGAGAGUUUGAACGAGUUAACAAGGAUCUCGUCUUUAAGUAAUAGCAAGUCACAGCAGAGUGAUACAUCCAUUUUUGAAAAGACACGGCAAGAACUGAGAAAAUACUGUCGCACUUGCGCUGGUUUAAAAGUCCCCUUGGUGGACAUAUUUAGUGAGAAAGGCAUUAAAUUGCGAUUAAGUCAGCAAAUUAAGCAUCUCGAAGUGAAUCCCUAUGAUAGCCUUUCUACACAAAUGUGCAUGGAUUGCAUCUGCGAUCUUAGAAUAAGUUAUAAAUUUUUUAUGCAGAUAAAAAAAGCUGAGAUAAAACUUAAAUCUAUCCAUGUCAAUCUUACGACUGAUAAUGUCACGAGAACAGAAACAUUGACCGACAAGUCAACUUUGACAACAAAUGAAAUGAAACAAUCAUCUUGUUUAGAAGCAAAGCAGGAAUAUCAAUUAUCUUCUACAAUCCAACAAAAUCUAUCUUCAUUGUCAACGAAACAUGAAAAUCAAACAACUGGAAAUCAAGCAGACUGCUCUGUUCCCAAAAUCUGUGCUAUUUUUUCAUUGAAAAAUGAAUUAAAGAUAAAUUCUGAAAAGGAGAACAAGGAGGAAAAGGAAGAGAAGGAGAAAGAAAAAAAUAACGAGGAGAAGGAAAAGGAGGAACAAAUGAUAGAGAUAGGCGGAGGGAUAUUCGAGGAAGUGGCAGAGGGAGAAGAUGAAGAAUCUAUUGAAGAAUUUGAUCCUGAAGACCCCGCACUCUUGGAUGAAGAAGAAGAAGAAGACGACGACGACGACGACGACGACGACGACGACGACGACGACGACGACGACGACGAUGACAACGACGACGACUCUUCAAGAUCUCCAGCAACUGUUUACAAAUAUGAUAUGGCGGCAAAGUCUUAUGUGAGAGUGGAAAAAAGUGAGGAGGGAGUUUCCAUAAAAUCUGGAGCCUCUCAGACAUCAGAGGGUGACGGAGAAAAUCAGAAAGAAGGAAUGAGACAACCUAACAUUUUGAAAAGAAAACUGGUAAUGUCAACAGUAACGACAAUGAAUGAAGGGGAGGAUGCUGUAGUAAAGGAGCACAAGAUACAAAAGCUAGAGACAAACAAUUUUUUGAAUGUAAAUAGUCCAGAAGAAGAAGAUGGAAUUAUGUAUGUAACUGUGAAGGGAUCUAAGCCAAACGAGAUUCUUUUGGUAAAGGUCAAGAAAAUGGACAAACCCGUGGAAGCAAAGCGUGCAGUAACUCCCGCUGAUCUCAAGCCUGUUGAGCGUUUCCUCAAACGUUAUGAAACAAUUACAUCGAAGGAUUUCUCAUCUCGACGUCCUGAUGCUCGCGAGCAACAAAUAAUUGAGGAACAAAUUGAAGAAUAUAAAAAGAAACGAGAAAAAGUCCUUGGAGGUCAGUCAGUAAUAACGUUCACCGUGAAUGAAAUGCAAAAAGAAGUGCAGGUAGAGGAAAUUUCUGCUAAGUCAAAUUUGGAAAGAGUAAAAGAAGAAAUGACAGUUUUGAAAGAUAUGGAUAGCAAGAGAGAGUUGGAGGAAAAGGAGAAGAAGGAGAAGCGAGAGAACAUAGAUGAUGACAGGGUUGACGAAAAUGAAGAAAAAGUCAAUGAUAAUACAGAGAAACAUCUCUCAAAGUUAUCGAGAUCGAAACUAAAAUGGGAAGAGACAAAGCGGAAAAAAGAAAGUUUACAAAAAGAACUAGACGAAUCAUAUAGUGAAGGAAAUUUGGAGAAAUUGACAAAAGUUUUGGGGGAAAAGGAAAAGAUACAGGAAUUCCAAGAAUACUUGAAGCAGCGUAAAAUCGUUCUUACUCGCCUUAAGGACGAAGACAUAAUCUCUCUUUACGAAGAUCAAUUCUCCACCAUUUUAAAGUCGGUCCCUAAAUCACUCCCAGAUCUUAUCAACACUCAACUUCCUAUUGAUCCUCUUUCCGAAGAAUGUUAUUUAGAAUGCGAUUACUGUUCCGAAAUUUUCUCCAACCGCGAUGUUCUCGAGGAACAUCUCAAAUCUCACGACUACCGUAUCUUUCAUUGUUGCGACGACUGCGGAGAAGAAUUUCAAACCAAUAAAGCGAAAAGAAAUCAUAACGUAAUUUGUGUGAGAAAAUUAAUUUGCAAGUAUUGCGAUAUACAUCUGGAUUCAAGAGGAAAAAAACGUCAACAUGAGCAAAAACAUAUUGAUGCUCUGUACGGUCAACUUUGCGAGGUUUGCGGGGAAAGAUUCAAACACCAAGGAACCCUGGAUCAGCACUUAAAAACGCAACACACAAGUUUGGAAAAGAUUUAUCAGUGUCCAAAAUGUCCAAAAAAAUUUGCUUUUAAACAAAAGUUGAGCUUUCAUUUAAAAUCUGUUCAUACAACUCUAAGAGCGUAUCUUUGUGAAGAUUGCGGUGCGGAUUUUAAAAAUCCUGCGAGCUUGAGACAUCAUAGAAUUAGAAAGCAUCAACCAGUUGGAAAUAAGAGAGAAUGUCAAGUUUGCAGGAAAUUGGUACCAUUUUACAGUUUAUCGAAACACAUGCACACACACAAAGCUUAUAGUAUUCAAUGUCCACAUUGCGAUAAAAUGUUUAAAAAUAGUUCGACUUUGAAGCAACAUGUCAGAAUUCACGAAGAUCAAAGGCAGUAUCGUUGCGAUACCUGUGGCGUUGGAUUUAAUCGGAGGGAUGGUUUGAGGCUGCAUAUGAGAGUGCACGAAAAAACUGGUAGUAGAGGCUUGAAAGAAUGUUCCUGUCAAGUUUGUGGGGAAAAGUUUCCGAAUCAUUCGACUUUGGUGAUUCACAGAAACAGAGAACACAAAGAUGGAAGACAGUAUACGUGUCAUAUUUGUAACAGAUCAAUGAUUUCAACAAGAUCGCUCGAGUGGCACAUGUCGCAUAUUCAUAACGAGUUGAUGCCAGGUGUUACCCGUGAUGAGUCUGGUCUACUUGAAAAAAAACGAGUUUCCUGUUAUCAUUGCAACAAGACUUUUAAGACAGAGCUAAUUCUUCGCACACAUAUAAAAAAUACACAUGUGGAGAAGGACCCGUUGAAGUGCACCGACUGCGAAGCUAUUUUCACAUCUGAAGUGCGUUUGCGUCAUCAUAUGAUGGUUGUACACAAUCGUCUCGAGGGCACCUUAGCAUGCCCUCACUGUCCAAAACGAUUCGUCAACCAAUUAAGGCUAAAGACUCACAUGAUCUCUCAUUCCGAGGAAAGACCAUAUACCUGUGAGAUCUGCGGUUUCAACCUCAAGACAAAGAUCCAGCUGAUUAAGCAUCAUCAAAAUCGACACAGCGACGAGAGACCUUUGCAAUGCAGGUAUUGUCCUUGGCGAUGUAAGCAAGUGAGUGCUCUCGUUUGUCACGAGCGCACGCAUACCAAUGAACGCCCAUAUUCGUGCAGCGUGUGCCGCCAACGCUUCAAAUAUCUCGGUGACAAAAACAAGCACGAACGUCGUCACGAGAGCCUCGGUGGUUCAGGUUUUAAGCGUAUCGUACCUGGGAGAAAUGUUAAAUCAAAGACGCGCCAAACCGGGGAUACUUCGGGAUCCGAGCCCGAGCAGAGUUCAUUCAAGGAUACGACGAGUCAACAGGACAUUCAGCUUACCGAAGAGCAAUACGAGGAACAGCAGGAAGGACAAUAUGAUGAGAAAUUUUCGGAUGAACAGAUGGUCAAAUUCGAACAAGAGCAGAUUGUCAAAUUUGAAGGUCAAGAGGAAUACGGAGAGGUUUACGAGCAGGAAUACGAAGAAAAUUCAAGAGAAGCAUCGGAAGCUACCGAAGUAAUCAUGAACAUGGAGGAUUCCAAUGUGUAUACGGAGGAGGUUACGGCUGAUAACAUAGAGUCUGGCGCAGAGAUCAUAACAGAUGAGAUAAUGACGAAUGAUAUUCUGCAAUCUGGCACUACUGUCAUGCAGUUACAACGGAAGAAUUCGGGGGAGAUUCAAGUGAUACCAGUGAUGCCAGUGGUGCUGUCCCUGCCUGAUUUGUCUGAAAACGAAGUUAAUCUCGCGACUGCCUCAAUCAUGUACAAUAAUUAGAUUCGAUUUUUCUCAGCAGAAUUUUCAAUAAAUUCAGUAAAUUCAACAUAAAAGAUUCUUGAAUCUUUAAGUUUUUGGUUUAAUCUCUUUGACUGCAAAAAGAUUGAAAUCACGUAAAUAAUGUCACAAUAUCAAAGAUGGGAUUUUGAUUUUUAGAAAUUACGCAAUAUAAGAAAUUGACAUUUCUUAUAUUUUUAUUGUAUACAUAUUAUAUAAAUAGAUAUAACUUUAUAUAAUCAUAGUUCAUAGAAUUUCUUAGAAGACUUCAUGUGAUUUUGUAUUUUCAACGAAAAGUCUUCAUUUUUCAGUUCUCAUGUAGUCCUAAUUUAGAAGAAAUUAUAAAAAAGACUUAACUUUUAUAUCCAUAAUUUACAUAUUUAGCACAGGAUAUUUUGUAAAAUUUAUUCUUUUUUUUUCAAAUUACACACUAAUACAAAGAAAAUGAUAACAGACUAUCACAAAGAAAGAACAAAAAUGAUGAAAACUUGUUGAAUAAGCGUUCUGGAAAUGUUCUUACAAAUAAAUAGUUCAAAUAUUGCACUAUUGUAUAUGAAAAUAGUAGAUUGUAAAAUUACAAAGAAAAAAAAAGAUUAAGAUAAUAACAAAGAAGAAACUGGAAAAUCGGAAUUUUUAACAGAAGAAAGAAAAACAAAAGUUCUCAAAAGCACUUAUUAUUGUGCAGAACUUGUAAAAAAUUUGAUGAAGUAGGUGCAGGAAGAAAGAUAAAAUUAAAAAAUUGAAAAUUACGAGAGAUUUCCCAUUGAAAGGAAAAGUGCAAGACUGUGGAAAAGAAACGAAGACUCUUGAAAGUGUUUGUUUUUGUAAAAUUGCGCGAUAUACUAUGUAAACUACCUUGUAUAAAUCAGUGAAAAUUAGUAAGAUUGUGCGUACGUAUGUGCAUUAAAUAAAUCAUUCUGUAUCAUUAUCUUACAUCAAUCUUUAUAAAGAUUGUAUUAGAUUUUUUCGCGUAAUAAACCACUAGUUUAUUCUCUAU